AAAUAUAAAUACAAAUACCCGUUUCUCAUUUCACCAUCUCUAUCACCUCCCUGUCUUUCCCCCCUUCCGCGAUGGAAGCCAGCGCCGGACUUGUCGCCGGGUCUCAUAACCGCAAUGAGCUUGUUGUCAUCCACAACCAUGAGGAGCCUAAGCCUUUGAAGAACUUGGACGGUCAAGUAUGUGAGAUUUGUGGCGAUGAAGUUGGGCUCACCGUGGAUGGAGACCUCUUUGUGGCUUGUAAUGAAUGUGGGUUCCCUGUGUGUAGGCCUUGCUAUGAGUAUGAAAGGAGAGAAGGGACCCAAGUUUGUCCUCAAUGCAGGACCAGAUACAAGCGUCUUAAAGGGAGUCCGAGAGUGGAGGGAGAUGAUGAUGAAGAAGACAUUGACGAUAUUGAACAUGAGUUCAACAUUGAUGAGCAACAGAACAAGAACAAGCAGGUGCAUGUGGCUGAUAUGCUUCAUGGGAAGAUGAGCUAUGGAAGAGGCCCUGAGACUGAUGAAAAUUCCCAGUUUCCUCCUGUUAUAGCCGGAGUUCGAUCCAGACCUGUGAGCGGAGAGUUCCCAGUUGGAGGGUAUGGCCAUGGAGAACAGGCGUUGUCUUCUUCACUUCAUAAAAGAGUUCAUCCAUAUCCAGUUUCUGAACCUGGAAGUGCAAGAUGGGAUGAAAAGAAAGAAGGAGGAUGGAAAGAGAGAAUGGAAGAUUGGAAAUACCAGCAAGGCAAUCUUGGCCCUGAACCUGAUGAUGCUAAUGACCCUGACAUGGCCCUGAUUGAUGAAGCGAGGCAGCCACUCUCAAGAAAAGUGCCAAUUGCUUCUAGCAAGAUCAACCCAUACAGGAUGGUGAUUGUGGCUCGACUUGUCAUCUUGGCCGUUUUUCUCAGAUAUAGAAUUUUGAAUCCGGUGCAUGAUGCCAUUGGACUCUGGCUAACCUCUAUCAUAUGUGAAAUUUGGUUUGCAAUAUCUUGGAUUCUUGAUCAGUUUCCCAAAUGGUUCCCAAUCGAUCGAGAAACCUACCUUGAUCGCCUUUCAUUCAGGUAUGAGAAAGAGGGUGAACCAAGUAUGCUUGCUCCAGUGGACAUCUUUGUCAGUACAGUGGAUCCCAUGAAAGAGCCUCCUCUUGUCACAGCUAACACAGUGUUGUCAAUCUUGGCGAUGGACUAUCCUGUUGAUAAAAUCUCAUGCUACAUUUCUGAUGAUGGUGCUUCAAUGCUCACCUUUGAAGCCCAGUCAGAAACAGCUGAAUUUGCUCGAAAAUGGGUACCUUUCUGCAAGAAGUUUGCAAUUGAGCCUAGAGCUCCUGAGAUGUACUUCACCUUAAAGAUUGAUUAUCUCAAGGACAAAGUCCAGCCUACAUUUGUUAAGGAGCGGCGUGCAAUGAAGAGAGAAUAUGAAGAAUUCAAGGUUAGGAUAAAUGCUCUUGUUGCAAAGGCCUCAAAGGUUCCUCUAGAGGGUUGGAUCAUGCAAGAUGGUACACCUUGGCCAGGAAACAAUACCAGGGAUCACCCUGGAAUGAUUCAAGUCUUUCUUGGUCAAAGUGGAGGCCAUGAUGCCGAAGGAAAUGAGCUGCCUCGCCUUGUUUACGUGUCUCGUGAGAAAAGGCCUGGUUUUCAACACCACAAGAAAGCUGGUGCCAUGAACGCCUUGGUGCGCGUCUCCGGUGUGCUAACGAAUGCUCCUUUCAUGCUGAACUUGGAUUGUGACCAUUAUAUCAACAAUAGCAAGGCUGUAAGAGAGGCCAUGUGUUUCAUGAUGGAUCCUCAGAUUGGAAGAAAGGUUUGCUAUGUCCAAUUCCCUCAGAGAUUUGAUGGUAUUGAUAGGCACGAUCGUUAUGCCAACAGAAACACAGUGUUUUUUGAUAUUAACAUGAGAGGACUAGAUGGCAUUCAGGGUCCAGUGUAUGUUGGCACAGGAUGUGUUUUCAGAAGGCAAGCUUUAUAUGGCUAUGAACCUCCAAAAGGUCCCAAACGUCCUAAGAUGGUAGUUUGUGGGUGCUGCCCGUGUUUUGGACGCCGCAAGAAGAAGUAUGAUAGGGAUGAAGUUAAUGGAGAAAGUGCAAGCCUAGGAGUUGGAAUGGAGGACGAUAAGGAGCUAUUAAUGUCCCAGAUGAACUUCGAAAAGAAAUUUGGACAGUCAGCUAUAUUUGUGACUUCAACUUUAAUGGAUCAAGGUGGUGUCCCUCCUUCCUCAAGCCCUGCAGCUCUGCUUAAAGAAGCCAUUCAUGUCAUCAGUUGUGGCUAUGAAGACAAGACUGAAUGGGGUCUUGAGUUGGGAUGGAUUUAUGGUUCAAUCACAGAGGAUAUUCUUACUGGUUUCAAGAUGCAUUGUCGUGGCUGGAGGUCCAUAUACUGUAUGCCAAAGCUGCCUGCAUUCAAGGGUUCAGCUCCCAUCAACUUGUCAGAUAGGCUGAAUCAAGUCCUUCGAUGGGCUCUUGGUUCUGUUGAGAUUUUCUUCAGUCGUCAUAGUCCAGCGUGGUAUGGCUACAAGGGAGGAAAGCUCAAGUUUCUCGAGCGUUUCGCAUAUGUCAACACAACGGUCUAUCCUUUCACCUCCUUACCUCUCCUGGCCUACUGUCUGCUUCCAGCUAUCUGCUUGCUCACUGACAAGUUCAUCAUGCCAGAGAUUACUACUUUUGCUAGUUUUUUCUUCAUUGCUCUUUUUGUCUCAAUCUUCACGACGGGCAUUCUUGAGCUAAGAUGGAGUGGAGUUAGCAUUGAGGAGUGGUGGAGAAAUGAACAAUUCUGGGUCAUUGGUGGCAUUUCUGCUCACCUCUUUGCUGUUGUGCAAGGUCUUCUGAAAGUCCUGGCUGGAAUUGACACUAACUUCACUGUCACAUCCAAGGCAUCUGAUGACGAGGAGUUUGGUGAACUCUACACCUUCAAGUGGACAACUCUCCUAAUCCCUCCCACCACUGUCUUGAUCAUCAACCUUGUUGGAGUUGUUGCAGGUAUCUCAGAUGCAAUAAACAAUGGAACCCAAGCAUGGGGACCCCUAUUCGGAAAACUCUUCUUCGCCUUCUGGGUGAUAGUCCAUCUCUAUCCUUUCCUCAAAGGUCUAAUGGGGAAGCAGAACAGGACGCCAACUAUUGUUGUCAUAUGGUCAAUCCUUCUGGCUUCAAUCUUUUCCUUGCUUUGGGUCAGAAUUGAUCCAUUUGUGAUGAAAACCAAGGGGCCUAACACCACAAAGUGUGGAAUCAAUUGCUGAAAGAUUUGGUUUUUUUAUUCUUCCUUGAAUCAAUCUAUGGAUCUCCAGGCACUUGCUGAACAUUAAUGCGUUGCUUUUAAGAUACGUGAUGCAUGAACCAACAAACUGGAGAUGCACAAAAGGGAAUAAAGUUGGAGUGGAAUUUUUUGUGUAGCAAUAUGUGUUGUAAGUUGUAACAGUUUUGUAAUUGAUGAACUUAAAGGAAUGCUGCUUCUGUUGCUUCUCAAA